GAAUCAGGGAUUCUUUUCUGCAAUACUUACCUUAAAUUUCAGUAGCUCUAAAAUAUACAAAAUCGAUAUAAAUACUAUUUAUUAAGUUCUGAGCCUCAGUCCAGACAGCCGGAAGCUUGAGCCGAGGAUGUUGUUGACCCAACCGGAUCUCUACCGUUUGGCCGCUACGUCGAGUUGUGCUUCUCGGUUCUCCAAGGGACCAGAUAGGAAUACAUAUCAGCAAGUAUAUGGAACAUACCCUUUGGAAGGACCAAACUGCAAUAAUUGGCAAUUCUGUGAGAAGGUUCCAAGUCUCUCGGCAGUGGAGGCUGAUUCUCUGGGUAGUCCGGUGGGUGUGGUUUGCUCGAAUGCUACCAUGACGAGUCCCAUGCAGGAAGCGGAGGCAACCGCUAGGUAUUUUGCCACCUACUUGAAAGCCUUCGCCUUGAUCUAUGUCCUGCCGGAGGUUGACUGGACGGCGGAGAAUAUGGACAUGUUGCUGGAGCAGGGCAUGGAUCUAUACCAGUGCAGUUCCGAAACGAACAAGCCGAACGAUGAUGAUCAGCCUGGAAACCAGCUCCUCGAACCCGGGGUUUAUACCAACGAGGAGAAGCGCAUCAAAAGGAAUUUUAAACUCGAAGGACACACCUUCACAAUGGCUGUGGAGCCUCGUUAUCUCGGUGAGGCGACCAGGCCACACACCAUCAAGAAUUUAAAGCGUGUUCUCCAGGCUUUCUUCAAGUCCAGUCGCUAUUGCUUACUCCUCACCCGGGUGGGUCACCUGCUCGUAUGGCGCCGCAGAAAGUCGUUCUUUGUGCUGGACGUCAAGGGCAGGCGGAGGGAUGAUCUGCGGGGUGAUAAGGACAACGGCGUGGCCAUGCUGGUGUGCCUAAAGACCAUCGACAGUGUGGUUUAUCUGGCCAGCAAUUUAAGUGAUAUUACGCCCAAGGAUGUCUUCACCAUCCGCGAACUGGUGGUGGUGCGUCUGAAGACUCCGGAUGGACGAAUCUAUAUGCGGGACUCCAGCUACAGAUCUGUUGAAUUCAAGGUGGUAAACAAGAGCUACGCGUACUUGAAGGCCACCCUCCACCUGUCUCUCAACCAGAAUGGGACGGUGAAAAAUCGCAGCAGCCUGAUGGUGGCCGUGGGCUCAAUCCUGGCCAGCAAAAUCGAUCACCCGGCAAACUGGGAUACCCAUAUGCUGGAUCGUUUGAUAUGCUACGGAGUCGAUCUAUGCUUCAGCAGCUGGUCCGACUGCUUGAGGGAGCGGCGACCCAUUGACCUGGACACCUUUCCCACCCAACUGAGAAUAGGGCAGUUCGUUGUAGCUCUCCAGCUUAUACCUGGUGUAAGACUGGGUCACUGGGAAAACGAACUCGACGUCGUUAGCACGGAUUUUGAGGCUAACUGCACGGAUGCUCUCGAGGGAUUCGGCAACCUGGUGUUCCAGAUAAACAGUCAGAUAUACGCCAUGUGGUUCAAGAAUGACUUUUACUACCUCCUCGAUCCCUAUCGGCACACUAUUGUCGGCACUCACGUGGAGGAGGACCAGUAUGAGGGCGCCAAGUGGGCCACGCUUCGCAUGUUCCGCGACCGACUGACCAUGCUCAGCGUGUUUCACAAUCUGCUCCAGGAGACGAACAGGCAAUCGGCCUACUCUGUGCAUGCGGUGCGGAUAAAUAACAUCGCCGAGUGCCCCCAGGGUUUCGUUCCGUCACCUUUGCCCGAGGAAGUGGAUACCUGCGAUGUGGAGUCCCUAAAUGAACCCAUUUUGUUCAGCGACCAGCUAGGAGCGACUGUGCAAGACCAUCGUCUGACAGAGAUCAGCAGCGACUGCGAAGACGAAAAGGAGAAUGAUCCAAAGAAGUUUCAAGUUUUGGAACCACGACAGUGUGCAGGAGCAGCCGAGAAUAGAGUACUUGAAGCUCCCACACGUUCUCAGCCCAAUCCAUCCAAGAAACCGAUUGUUCCCACACCAGAAGCCACCAAAUCGAACACCAGAAGCCUGAAAACCUCAAAGAAAAUCCCUCCAGCAACUGUGGCAAGAAAACCGAAAGUAACUUUUAAGGAAGCUAAACAUUCGGGAGCCUUUUUUCAGGAUUCGGGAAAUACAACACAGCGAAACUCCUCUAGAAAACCCGUGAAGUUAAGCAGAAUCCCAGCUGCAAACUAUAAAACUGAAUUCAAAAGGGAAGCAGGCGGCGCCAGGGUCUUGGACGAUUCUACUGCAAUUUCCAAAGCAGCAUCCAAUGCUGACAAGGACCUCAAGGCCAAGUGGUCUGAAAAGGAAUCAGCCAUCAUACGAUUAGGUUCUAAAGUGGCAGCCACAAAUUUGAUAACGUCAAGAGAUGUCUCAAUCAGGGCUUCCAGCCCAAGCAUACUUCCCAGCAAAGGACACCCAAACCCACAGGAUGCUCUCAAGACAAAGUCAGAAGCUAUAUCCCCGCACACGACAGUUAGCAAGCAAUCCAUGGCUCCAGUGACCAACAAACACUUUCCCACAUCCGUUUCAUCGGAAACUGGCCGCCGAGCAGAGCAAGCUCCCUUCCAGAAACAAAAAGAAUUGAACAACAAAGAACUCCAUGAUGCACGCAAGAGAAACGGGUCCCUGACUCGUUUUCCUGGCUACCAUCGAGAGCCACAGCUCCUGGCCGUCGCUGGAUCCGAAAGUGGAACCGUGGAGAGCCUGAAUCGGCUGCUGGGCUCCGCAUUCAAGGUGGCCAACAGGGUGCUCACGAUGACGCCCUGGGGCAACUACGUAGUCUUUCAGCAUAGUCCCGACUCUGCUCAGAGCUCAGUGUCCUCGUCAUUCUUCCUCUUCGACGGCUGUACAUGCAACAUCGAUCGCUUCCGGCACCUGGAUCUCUCGACCGGCACCGCCGGCUUGGUGGCAUUCCGAAAGCUGUCGGAGGUGAUAUGCCACAUGAUUGAUUCGAGAGAGAAAAAGGCUCUUAAAAAGCUGCAAAGCCGGGCGAAGAGGAAUGACUAAAGCAAACUUUAAUUGUUUAAUUUUGUACAUCGAUAUGUAGGGAAUACAAAUUUUAUAAGUGUCAA